AUGGCCAACGUGUCUGAGGCGCCGCAAGCCGCACAACCCCAAUCACCACAGCCUAUCGGUGAUGGAUCAAAUCAAUUCCAGCACGCUAUUUCAGCAUGGAGAAACAUUGAUUUGGGCUCGUUGAUGUCAACUCUUGACAACACGGCUUCCGACAUCGUAGCUUUUCAACGAGACUCUACCGUCCAGCGAAAGGAUUUGGCUCAAAAGACAAAAGAUUUCAGAAAGUUAGAUGAUGCAACCAAAUUAACGGAAAUCAAGGGUCUUUUGAAAGCAUACCAGACCUUUAUAGACCUCCUCACUAAUCAUUCCAAGUCGACCAAUUCUGCGUUUUUGCAAGUUUACUCCGCCCUCGAGAAUGCCCCCGAUCCGUAUCCUUUGCUAGAAGCGUCGGUUGAUUCUAUGCUCGUGGCCGAAGACACUCUACCUAAGCUUACCGACGAAAAUCAGCAUCUACAAGGAAGUGUCGCAAAGCUUACAUCACAACUGGAAGAGACGGAGUCGAGGCUACAGUCAGAAAGUGCCAACCGGAAACAGCUAGAAAGCACUCUCGAAACUAAGGUCAGGGAAGUAGAGGAGUCCUGGAUCGCAGUUGUGGACGAGAAGAAGGACAACUGGGAAGCGAAAGAGAAAGCGUUAGAAGAAAAGAUCGAAAGCCAGGAGAGACUAUUAAAUGAAAUAAAGGCUAGCUACGAGGUGAACCAGCGUCUAAAAGGGUCGGAAGAUGCAGAUGCUGAGGGCGGUUACGGCCAUGUCACGAAUGCUGAGUUGGAAAUGAUCAAUUCUGAUCUAGAACGAACCACCGCCAGACUGGCUGAUGUUGAAGCCCGGAACGAGCAGUUACGGCUAGAACUCGCCCAAUCUAAAUCCCAAGUAACAGCCCAAGCACCAGUUUUGGAAGACGACCCUGGUUAUAUACGCAUGAGGUCGGAAAAUUCAUCGCUAAUUCGCAAGCUGGACUCUGCGAGAGUGGAAAAGGAGGCUUUCAAGAGGGAUAUCGAUGCAAAGCUUAGAAGCUUGGAGAGAGAAGUUGGCCUUUUGAAAGAGGAGCGCGAUGGUCUAAAAGCGAAGGUACAGAAGUGGAACGACUACGAUGAUAUCAAACAAGAACUAGAGGUCCUUAAAAGCAUCGAAUUCGCGACAGGUGACGACGACGACAUGCUAGCCGCUUCGGAAUCGAACGGCUCCGCUCCCAAAGGAAAGGGCGAUACUCUAGAACAGUUGCUAUUAGCGAGGAACAAGAAGUUGAGUGACGAGUUGACUAUCUUACGAGUAUCUCACCAAGAUCUUCAGAGCCGGCUAGAGAAUCUCCAAGAAGAAAUGUCCAGGACAAAUGCAGACUUGGAGAGAUCUCAGAACCUCAACACUCAGCUAGAAAACGACCUAGCCAACCUCCAGUCUGAAGGACACAACGCGUUCCCCUCUGGGGCAUCAGUAGCUGGCACAUACACGAGAUACGCGCCAUCUAUAGCACCCGGAAGGAGGGGUGGGCGAACGUCACCCACAUCGUCUAUCAUAUCUGGUUUCGAUCCACGUAUGACAGGGGGCGAGCCGGUGGGCGGUGGCUCGGGUAUCUUACCCAUGAUCACCGCACAACGUGACCGCUUCAAAAAACGCAACGCUCAGCUUGAGGGCGAGUUGUCAGCGUGUCAUCGCACCGUAUCGCAGCUGCGGCAAGAAAUCGCAGCUUUACAGAAGGAUAACCUCCAGCUCUACGAAAAGACUCGAUAUGUGUCGACUUACAACCGUAAUGGGCCCUCGGCGUCGUCAGCGUCGGCAUACUCAUCAAAUCCUAACCCUUCCGUUAUCUCGAUGGGCGGAACUGGAAACCCCGGUAUUGCGCUAGACCGGUAUAAACAAGCGUACGAGUCCAAUAUUUCGCCCUUUGCGGCGUUCAGGGGGCGCGAGUCAGCAAGAGCUUACAAACGGAUGAGUUUCCCGGAGAGGAUAGUGUACUCGGUGACGCGGAUGGUGUUGGCCUCGCGGACGAGCAGAAAUCUAUUCGCAGCGUAUUGCGUCGCAUUGCACAUCUUAGUCUUUUUCUCGCUGUACUGGCUAGGUAUGACAGACGUCGAGAAACAUUCGAGCAAUCUUAGCCAGGGUAUAGCCGCCGCCGCAGUAGCGGGAGGGGCGGCCAGCGGUAAUGGUGGUGGGAGAGGUCAGGCCGCCCAUGCCGGGGAUUGGCACGAAGAGGGUUUCAACGGGCACUGAUAAUUACGUCCGUAAAUGCAUCUAUUGUAUCAUCGCUGGGCGAUCAUUGUUUAUACGGCACGUGCAACACGUCUAAUACCAGCCCGUUUCGUUUUGAAUAGCGUACUGCCACCUUCUAAGCACCCAGACAGUGAGACAAUGUAGUGUACCUACAUCUCUGAGCAACGUUUGAUACCGAGAUAGACAUAAAGCAGACACCCGUAGAGCCGCCGUACUGGAAUAAGAUGAUCAAAGCAAGCAACCCUUCCAUCCAUAGUGGCAGACAGCAUGAAGUGUAGGAAGAUCACAAGGGCUAUCCUCGGUACCAUUUACCUACCUUCUCUAGACGAGCCUUCAUUUGUCCCAUGUCACGAGAGAAGAAACCAGGACCUAACUUGUCGAGAUCUCGAGCCGCCACGUUGGAUAUCAUGCACACAAUCUGUAAGCGGCCCGGCGAAGAAACAAUCCUGGUAAGGCCUUGGCCAAUAGAAUUUGAAUCUCUCUGAUUGGAGGCAUGUAGAUGAUCCUUGAUUUCAUUGAUUUCAACGGUUGGCAACACACAUACUACCUACCUACCUAUA